CGUAAUGGAGGGUGAGUGGUGCACACACAUGCAUUGCAAUUGUUUUUUAAAAAAAUUAAAGGAAAAAUGAUGUACAGUUUGAACCUUUCUUCUUUAUUGAGGUCGAAACCCCUUACGUGAUACCUUCAACUAUCUGUGCGUGCUCCUCUUAGAUGCUGACAGCGCUUUUUUACCAAGUCCGUACACGUCGUAUCAUAUUUACCCCGCCAAAGAUACCUGCCCCUACUUGAAUAUAGCGAUCUAUCAUGGCUGCAAAGCAGAUUAACGUCGACGUCCUGGUCAUUGGUGCUGGGCCUACUGGUCUGGGCGCUGCGAAACGCCUCCAGCAUACGAACCAGGCGUCAUGGCUCAUUGUUGACUCUAACGAGACUCCCGGAGGUCUUGCGUCUACCGACGUCACUCCGGAGGGAUUCCUGUUCGAUGUUGGUGGCCAUGUCAUCUUUUCGCAUUAUAAAUAUUUCGACGACGUUCUAGACGAAGCUCUCCCGAAGGAGACCGAUUGGUAUACACACCAGAGGGUCUCCUAUGUUCGCUUCCGAGGCGGUUGGGUGCCUUACCCAUUCCAGAACAACAUCGCAGUCCUGGACAAGGAAGAAAAGGUGAAAUGUCUAGAGGAUCUCAUCGAUGCUGCCCUCGAGUCACGCGUUCGCUCCCCGUCCGACAAACCUAAGAACUUUGAUGAGUGGAAUGUUAGAAAUGUGGGAAAUCGACUGAAUGAGAUCUUUAUGCGCCCUUAUAACUUCAGGGUUUGGGCUGUCCCUACUACUAAGAUGAACGCCACCUGGGUUGGAGAGCGUGUCGCCGCCCCUAAUGUGAAGCUACUCACCCAGAACGUUAUCCUUAACAAGGUGGCCGGAAACUGGGGCCCCAAUGCCACAUUUCGCUUCCCGGCCAAUGGCGGUACGGGUGGCAUUUGGAUUGCUGUAGCCAAGACCCUGGACCAAACAAAGACGCGUUUCGGCGAACACGGUACUGUCACCAAGGUUGAUGCCGACGCGAAGAAGGUUUACCUGAAGGACGGCACCGUAGUGAAUUAUGGCUCCCUUGUGUCCACCAUGGCUAUUGACCACCUGGCCGAGGCCAUGAGCGACGCUCAGCUCAAGCAGACACUCAAACCCCUCUUCUAUUCCUCCACUAACGUGAUUGGUGUUGGGGUUCGUGGGAAGCGUCCUGAGCGUAUUGGUGACAAGUGUUGGUUGUACUUCGUCGAAGAUAACUGCCCUUUCUAUCGCGCCACUAUCUUUUCGAACUAUUCUCCUUUUAACCAGCCCGGUGACGAUGUCAAACUCCCGACCAAGCAACUCGCCAAUGACAAGAAACCUGCGUCGGAGGCUGCGCAAUCUGGGCCUUAUUGGUCAAUCAUGCUUGAAGUCUCGGAGUCAUCGUAUAAGCCCGUCAAUCACGAUACGCUGCUGGCAGACUCCAUCCAGGGGCUCAUCAACACUGAAUUGCUGUUGCCCGAAGACGAGAUUGUCAGUACCUAUGUUCGUCGCUUCGACCAUGGGUACCCCACCCCUAGUCUAGAGCGCAACGGUGUUUUGGCAGAAGCUCUUCCCUACUUGCAGAAGAAAGAUAUCCUGUCUAGAGGCCGUUUUGGCGCAUGGAAGUACGAGGUCGGUAACCAGGAUCACAGUUUCAUGCAAGGGGUUGAGGCUGUCGACCACGUCCUUUCUGGAGGCGUUGAGCUCACUCUGAACAACCCUGACUUUGUGAACACCCGUGCCAACACCGAGCGCCGCUUGACAACUUUCAAAGGUGUCCAGAAGUGAGUUAGUAUGUUGACAACGGCCAAGGCUGGCAUAGCCUUAGGAAAGGAACGGAAAUUAGAUAGUAACGAGAUGCAUUCGGCUAGACUUGAUUAUGUUCUAUCUAGGUAGACUGACUUAGAGCAUUAGAAGAGAAGAUAUAUUAUACGUAUUUACGUAUAUAAUCGCUGAUCCUCUCUUUUCCUGUAGGUGGCGUGAACUGAAAAUGAAGGGUCUAUAACCCUUGUGGCCGUAUUUUGGGCAUUAAUUUAUCUCUGAAAAGACAUAAAUUGGAUAAGAGGAGGGGAACCGGCAGGCUAGAACAGCCCGAACAACCCCAAAAUCAGGGGUUGGCUAGUGGGUGUAAAGGUUACUGGAAAGUUCGAGAUUUGAUAGGCGUUGCGAAUACGAUGACUUUGAUUUAUACACCCUGCCAUGGCUGCAAUCGGAAAUCGCUAAUCCGUCCGUAGUAGCGCAUCAUUUUCGAG